AAAGGAACAAAUGUUUCUCUCUCUCGGUCACUCUAAUUUUGGCCGUUUUCGUCAAAAUCCUAACUGCUGCUCCUCUGAAACAAUGAAGUUUUGGGGUGUUGAAGUGAAAGGAGCUCAACGGUUAAAAGUAAAGCUUGGAGGCCGAUCUUUAUGUCUUAGAUAUGCUACAAUCGGAGAAAUUAAGGAGGAAGUAGCUGAGGUUAUUGUGCACGUCCAUGGCAAAAACAGAAAGCAUAAACUAGCAACUCUUAAACCUAGGACGGGACCACAACAACUACUUGAUUGGAUGCUUGAGGAAGACUUUACGAUUACACAUACUUUAACCAAUGGGAGUGUUUGCUUACUUGGAGGCAUAACAAGAAAAUCUUAUAAGGAUUAUCCAUAUCCUAAACAUGCUACUGUUUUACUAAGUUAG